AUGUGUAAAAAGUGUCGUACGGGAUUUUUCCAGGACAAGAAAUCUACCAGGGGCUGUCCUCGCUGCCAGUCGUGCAGUGAUGAUGAAGUUCAAAUAGCAUCAUGCACGGCGAUUAGCGAUACUGUUUGUGCCCAUGAAUGUCCCAAAGGGUAAGAUAUUUGACUUAGGUGUCUGAUCGUCCGGGUGAGUGUAGUCCUGAGGAGGACUGUUUUCGGUACUAGUGACUGACGCUUCGAUAACCUGAGCGGAAGUCAAACCAGCUCUCCAAAGUCAGUCGUUGAAAAUAGGGUAAGAUGUGUAAUAAAAACAGCGCGCAAUACUACCUCAAAAACAGCAACAUGCUCUCAGCCCUGUCUAGUCUGAAGCGUCAGCUGUCUUUUUGCCCCAAUUUCAAAUUGCUAUCAUAGUUCCUCAGUGUAUGAUCUUUUUGACGGGUACUCAUCGUGGCAAAGGGAAAGUCUCCAAUGAUUAAAAUAGCGGAAGGGCUCUUUUUAACUCACUCGCGCUAUUUGUUAUGCAUUCCACUAGAUUCUGUACAAUCUUGUGUUGGGACUCACUGGAGACUAAUGAUACUACAGUACCAGGCUUCUUAUGGGAUAUCGUGCUGGUUUCUUUAUCAGAAAUUCUUGUUUUGUCAUGUCUCGUCAUAGGACAUAUGAAGUUGAUAAAGUAUGUCGUCCAAUCCCACCUACUACUGUACCGGUGACUACACCAGUUACCUCACCUUCGACCACAGAGACGACAAAACAGGUCUCGAGCCAGAAGACUGAGAUAACACUGCCGUCAAAAUCGACAACAUCAGCCUUUUUUCCGCCAGAACCUAAAAGUGAUAAUGAACCAGAAGCCUCGCAGAAGGGUAAGUUAACCGGCGCUUAAUUUACACCUUAAUAUCAAUUGGCAUAUUCUCCAUACUGUUCUCUAUACAUUUCCAACAGUGCUGACAAAGAGAAAUUGAUUAACAAUUAAGAGCUUCUUUGGUUGGUGAUCAUUUCCUUUAUUCUCACAACCUUACUGCUUGCAUCACUAGUGUUGUGUCAGGAGAAAUUAGAUGCUAAUCAGUCUUAGAGGUUAAAGUGUUCAAUCUACUAUCCGUGAGAUUUAAAUACCUGAAAUAAGUCAAGAAAGUGGGAUUCGCCAGCGUUAACAACAAACACAACUGCCGACAAUGACAAUCGUGCACAGUAACCUAAAAAGGCUCAGUGUGUUACUUAUGCAGAUCACAAUUGAAGAUGAAAAAAAAUUUGUGAGUAAUGUUUGAUGAGCGCGCUCAUUUGACUAAGGGAUCGGUCCAUAUUUCUAGUCAGGGGGGGAGGGAAGUGAGAGGAUCUUGUUUGUGUCAUGAUAAAAUUUACCUGAUCCCCCAUAAGGCUCUUUUAUAUUCUCUUGAUUCCCCCCCCUCCUCUUCCACUCAUUAGCAGUUAUUUAGCAGUCGAUUUUCAAUAGUCUUCCCUUUAUGCUUUGUUGACAACGACUGAUCCCAUCUCCGUUCUCCCAUGUGAUCUUAAUUUUAAAGUAAAAUAGUUUUAAACUUUGAAUUUCAUAGGAAGUUCCGAAAGGCGCUUUGGUAAACCUGGCUGGUUGGUUUUCUUCUCUCUGAUGGGAUCCUUGUUGGGCACUGUCUUAACCUUUGUUACAUUUCGCAAACGGAAACAAAUUACAGCAUUGUGUCGUGUGCCUUGCCGUAAGUAUCGAGAAUUGUCGUCCGAUCAUGAUGUCGAACGUGGUAUUUUGUCGGCUCCCCUGACAGUAGAAGAUCAUUACGCUGAACCGGCAGAUCAUGGGACAAGUAAGUUACAUUAAAAAUUGAAUUCACCAUCAGUUGUUUGUCGUUAGUUAACUGUGACGCGAUAGUGGUAUGUGCUUUCCGCGUUUGCUGAAAAUGCUGCCAGUUGCAAAACAUGAAGCCGUUAAAAAGGAAAGGAACACAAACAGAUAUUAACAACGGUGGAAAACAUGUAAAAAUGUGAUAAAAAAAGUGAUAUACCAGAACUUUGCAAAUAGUUUCAAAGUUAGCUAAUCAUUCGAUCAACUAUUUUCCAGACAAAGCUGAACCUUUCUUUCCUAAAGACGACGCAGUAUCACCAGCGGCACAGUCACCCUUUCCUUCUACCGGUGAGUAGUUGUUGUUUUCCUGUCAUGAAGUAUUACUUCACCAUCCAAUGAGCUGUAAUCGAUCGCGAGCGGUAUAAUUAACUUUGAAUUUAAAAAAGUCAGUCAGAGUCAUUGUGGGACGGGUUAGUUUCCGGUGUGUCUCGUUUGUAAUCCAUAUUCAUUUGUAACCUCUCUUGGUUAGAGCUAAGAUAUCCCAGGUUCGGACAGACAAAGGAGAUCGACGAGGAAAAGAGGCAGUGUGGCUGUUCCAUAAAUGAACCAGGUAAAUCCUAUGCAUUUCAUAAUUGUAUAACAUAAGAUAUCAGUUAUUAUUUAACGCCGGGGAAGAAGGGUGAAGGAUUUUUGGGGGACUAAGAGGUUUUCAGGGGUUGCAGAGAGGGUAUCAGUCAUGGCCAACAGAGCAUAAACGCGGAAAUAUAUAAAAUUGACUGCCAAUCAAAUACUUUUGAGAGGGGGAGUCAUUAGGAUAUCAUUGAGCCUUAUGAGAGGAUCAGGUAAAUUUGGUUGUGACGCAAUCCCCCCCCUCACAGGAAAUAAAUAAUAACUGUUCCCUGAAUGCUCUCCAUAUUCAUAGAUAUACUCUAAGAGAAGUUGAAUCAACUUUCUGUUAACCUCUCUCGACCGAUGGAUUGAAAUUCCAGAAUAUUUCAAACAAGUUUUCAUCUAUAAAAAGCAACAUACAUUACUUUCAGAUCUACUCAUGGACGAGAAGGGACACUAUUCAUCCUUAGAAGAUCUGCAGUCUUGCCAGAACGGAAGACAAACUCCAUCUGGCAGAAGUUCCUCAAACCCUUCAACCCUAGGAGCAUCCUCUCGAAAGGGUGCAACACCUGUUUGUGGGGUGUCCACCGAGAACAGUGCCGCAGGAUAUUCAUCGUCUUCAUCGUCACCUUGCUUUCCCUCUCGUGCGUGGUCGCGUGAUGCGGUUUACAACUCCUCUUCAUCUUCAAUAAAUGAGACGUCAAGUCCUUCAGGUUGCUUGUCGCCAAAUCAUUGUUGUAGAUUGCCUCGUUCAGCAUCAAAUUCUCCACGUAUGACUCCUCAGGGCCAGUCCACUGAUCAUUUAUGUAGUUGCGUGACAUCUUCUACAUUUUCCCCGUGUGCGACACCUCAGCGUGGACGGUCGCCUAAUCCCCCUUCCAUAUCAAGUAGCCAGGUCCAUUCCGAGUCUUCGGAAGAACCGGAAAUCUCCAAUCAGAGUAACGAUAGUUUUCCGAUGAGCAUCGAGGCCUGUGAUGAGAAGCACAACACGGCACUGAGAAGCGUAAAUAGCGGCCCCGCUAAGCAAAACAAAGGUAUCAAGGGGAACUCUAAUGGAUGGAAAAAAGGCAGCAAACCGAAGAAAGAUCUGGCUUGUUCCUGUGGACAGGAUGUGGAUUUUAAAGAAGUUCCUCCGUUAAGUCGAAACCACACCGAGGCGGUUGCAGACAGAGGGAAAGAUCCACGCUUGGUCGGUUACACUGACAAAAGCGCUAACUCUGUCACUGCAGCAAAAAUCGGGAAAGAAGUAAAAGAUGACGAGACAGCACAGGAAAGCGAAAACGCCAAGAGUACGGGUAAGUUGUCACAAACCUUGUUUACCUUCCUCGCUAUCAACCGGAGGGGAAACCUGAAAAAGUACUGAGCAAGGCAAGCCCCAUAACCCGAUGAGUACUAAUCGUGGGUGAACUGCAUACAAAAAAUUUACGUUGUUGAACAUUUAAUCUCUGGAUUGAUGCUAAUGGCACUUCAUUCUGACAACUUAGCUUAGGCGAUGUCUGGCAUCCCACAUUGCACGCUUCUAGGGGAGGGUAUUGCACCUUGUCGCUUCGUGUAAAUUAAACUGGCGUUGAUGAGCCACUUGGGUUGUUAACUGCAGUUCAUUCUCGCCAUGUAGUCAUCACGUGAACUUCUUACUGCAGUCUUAAGAUAGGAGGACGGUGAUUAUUUUCCUUUCCAAUAGGCGUUCAAAGUAACUUUAACAGCAUAUGUCCUCUGACAGACUUUUCUCUUUAUUUCUCUCUUUUAGUCGAUGAAUGUAAGUACAAGAAGAUUUGUCGCAAACACGAAGUCGAGCAUCGCUGUCGAGGUAUGUAGCUGUAGCUUUCCUUUAGAUGUCAUUUAUGUCAUUCCAGCCCUUGAAACAUCGGACUCGGAAUUGAUCAUGAGGAAUUAGUAAACGCUAAGUUUGAUCUUCGAUUAACAAGAUAAGCUGGCACUCGAACAAGAGAAAAAAAUAAUUUCCCACUAGAAAUCGAACUCGAGACCUUUGGAUUUUAUGAACCGAUGCCCCAACAUGGAGCUGCAAAGAAGUCGACGGCGAGCGGAGCCAUGACUGAUCCUGGCUGUUUUCAGGAUGCAUGUCGCAAGUGCAUAUGAACCCAGAAUUGGCCGUUCCACAAUAGAAUUCUGUUACUCAGUAGAAGAGCAUCAGAGAGCAAUAUCCAGAGGAUUACAUCUUCUUUUAAUAUCUCGGAGUUCUCUGUCUUAACCCUUUAACUCCCACGAGUGACCAAGACAGAAUUUCUUCUUACAAUAUAAAUACAAUAUCAAGCAGACAGGUAAUGAGAAUAAAGGAAAACAUCAAUAAGGGGAUUUUCAAUUUAUCCAAUACCAAAUUCUCGAAACUAACAUCAUGAGAACUAUACGGCGGGGAGUAGAGAGAAUUUCUAUUUAGAUCUUGAGAGUGAAAGGUUUAAGAAGGAAAAAUAUGGACGUGUCGACUCGUUUCUGACGCUUAUCACAACCAAUAUUUACAGCUCUCAUGCUGUUGAAGAACGUAAAGUGAUACUUCGUUGUUUUCUUUGAUUCCAGAUUGUUGCCCACAAUCGAGCGAUUUAUUUUUUUCACUCAUCAACAAUGACCGGCCCUGCCUCAAAGAACCAAUCUGUACAGAGCUUAACAAAAACAACGAUUACAGAAACUUGCUUAUUUGGACCAGGAUGGAUGCUGAAAUGAAAGAGACGUUUGAAGGAAGUCAAAAUCCGGCGGAGCGUGUCUUAGACAGACUGAAGGCUCGGCGUCCAAAGAUGACGCUUGAGGAAUUUCAGGAUAUGCUAGCCAAAAUUAAACGCAAUGAUAUAGCACACAUUAUACAUACCCACCAUUUUACAUGUAAUCUUUGUAGGAAAAAUAGUUUCGAUUCAAGGAGUUAGGUUAUCAGAUGACCACUUAGGGCUGGACAUUUUUUUAACAGUUUUUAGUUAGCUGUACCGACACCAAAAACAAAGAGGCAUAGAGUGCUUCUCAAUUAAUUGUUGAACGCAAUCCGUGAUUGCAUUGGUUUUGAUUAACAAAGCUUUGUAAUUGGUGUAGAAAACUUUGUUCACCCUCUCAACCAAUCAGAUCCAAGCCAGAACUGAUUUCGAUCCAGUCACUUCCGCCUCUCAGCGUUUCAGUUUAAUUGCAUGUUGAAAUAUUAAGCUUUGAAUUCCUUCAACUGAAAAUAUUUCUUGGCCUGGUUGAUGGUUCAAUGGUAUUUAUUUACGGCAGUCAAGUGAAAUGCGUUCUACUUCGGCCGAUGAGAAAAAAUUGAGGAAAUAUAUGACACUGACGCUUGUACAGGAGAAGAUCCAGACCCAUCUUUGGAUUUGAUCGGUUGAGAAGUUUUCAUUUACUUUUUAAGCCAAUUCUCAGUUAACUUUAACUAACUUGAUAAUCAAGCGUGCUGAAAAAAACGAGAUAAAAAAUGUAUUUUACCUAUUAUAUGCUUUCUAAGUGCGUAAGCUCGGUACUUAAUUUUCGAUAAGAUAUAUUUUAAGAUACCUCCACUUUUUUACAUUUAACAGGUUUGCUGAAGAAAUGUUGAUGCCGUCUUUAAAAAGUUUUAAUUCAUCGCGUGCGUAGUUUUAUUGGUUAUAUCAUUACUAGGUAAAGUCGUCUAUAUUUAACAGUAAAUCGUAG